AGGAAAGAAGAAAGAAGAAGCCGCCAUUACCGUACCGCACUCCUCCACCUAAUUCCCCCCCCCCCCCCCCCCCCCGCCCGCCCCCUUUAAUCAUCGAUCGAAUUCGAAAAAGGAAGGUGAGUGUGUGUGACAGAGUGGGGUGUGCGAGAGCAGCGGCGCUUGCGAGUCUGGGACGGACAGCCAGCCGAUCCCCUCCGGCCAGACCUUUGGUUUCUAGGGUUAGGGUUUGGUGGACUGCCCUCUGUUGCGCCUCCUUGGACGGCGAGCCGGAUGCUAUGCUGCUAGGCUGCGGGUCCCUCUCCUCGUGGGUGCGUCGCCUCGUCGCCUGCGUAGGAAAUUGUUUUGGAUGUGCGAAGCCUACUCCAAUAAUAGCUGUUGAUGAGCCUUCAAAAGGUUUAAAGAUUCAAGGGCGCUCAAUAAAGCAUCGUACUUUGUCUGGGGACUACUGGAGUACAAGCCCACCAGAAAUGGAGAACAGUGCCUUGCAAUCACAGCGUAGUGUGUCUUCCAUCAGCACAGCAGCACAAUCAAGUGAUCAGCAUGGAGCUGGAAGUAGCAGCAACCCAAAAGAGUUUGUAAAUCAAGGCCUUCUACUAUGGAACCAGACUAGACAGCAGUGGGUUGGAAACAGAAUGCUUCAUUCUCAGCGUCAAAAGACCCGAGAACCAAAAAUAGGUUGGAAUGCUACAUAUGAGAGCCUGCUAGGAAGCACCAAGGCAUUUGCACGGCCGAUCCCUCUUGGCGAAAUGGUAGAUUUUCUCGUGGAUGGCUGGGAACAGGAAGGCCUGUAUGAUUAGCAGCUUAAUUUAAGGGUGUUGUUGUCGUUUAAAAUCUUGCUGUGAAUCCGUGGAAAGUACUUUGGAACUUUUGGUUGUCAAGCUUGUGGGUGAUGAAUAUGGAUUGUCCUGGGGACAGGAUGGCAUCCCUCUCUUUAAGUAACUGUAACAUAAAUUUCUUAUAUGCUCCUAAUCGUGUUCCUUUUUCGUUUAA